AUGAGCCAAUUAAGUAACAAAAAAAUAAUUUUAACAGACAGAACAAGAAUGAGCUGCAUAACAGCCCUAGCAAUAGGAACAACAACCUUGCUAGUUUUUGCCUGGUGGUGGUGGCGACGAGGCAAGGUCUACAUUUUGCCCAGAAAUUGGCGAAAAGUCGGCGAGCUGAGCGACAUUUUCGUCUUCCCGGUAAAAUCCUUGGGCUGCAUCAGAGAGACCGCGAUUGAGUGCACUCCUCUGGGCUGCAAGUCCGGUUGGCUUAGAGACCGGACUCUGAUGGUGAUAGAUUUGUCCGGGAAGUUCGUAACCGGAAGGCAGCUGCCACGAAUGGUCCAGGUGAUUCCUAAUGUAGCAGGCUCAGUAUUGACACUUCGCGCUCCGGGAAUGAUGACCAUCAGCAUAGAUCUGGCCCAGAUCGGGAGCAAGACCUUCAAAGCCGCAGUCUGGAGUCAGUCCGUUCCUGCUUGCGAUUGCGGUGAAGAAGUUGCUCGCUGGCUGUCCCGCUUUCUUCUUCAAGAGGACACUGGCCUCAGACUGGUCUACUAUCCGCUUGAUGGACCGUAUCGCGAUGUUAGAGAAAAUAAUCGGGGAUUUCCUCUUAUGGAAAAAUCCGAUGCAGGCGCCUAUCCAGACGCAACAGCAUACACGUUGAUGAACGAAGCUUCGAUCAAUGACUUGAACACGCGAAUAGAAGAUGCAGUGGUUCCUCUGAAUUUCAGACCAAAUUUCGUCGUCAAAGGCGCAGAACCUUUGGAAGAAGAUACUUGGGACUGGAUAAAAAUUGGCGGUGUUUUAUUUAGGAACGUCAAGCCUUGUACCAGAUGUAUCUUCACUACUGUUCAUCCAGAGCUUGGUGUUAAACAUCCUAAAAUGGAGCCACUUAAGACUUUGAAAACAUACAGACUGAUUGAAGAUCCAGAUUUGCGUCCUUACACCAAAGACAAUCCAGUAAUGGGCGUCCAUAUGGGCUUGAAAGGUCCCAAUGGAGUGGUCCGGAUUGGGGACCCAGUGUACGUCGGUAUUGCCGAUGCUGACCCUGUUACGUCGCCUCCGUAG